AUGAGUUUACAAAACAAGACGAUUGUGAUCACUGGCGCUUCUCGCGGUCUUGGUUUAGAAUUUGUCAAGCAACUUUCCGCCGCCGGUAAUGUCGUGUUUGCAGGUGCUCGUCACCCCGACCAAUCGAAAGAAUUACAAGAGCUUGCUCAAAAGUGCGACAAGGUGCAUCCGUUGGUACUGGAUAUCAGUGAAGAUGCGUCCAUUCAAAAGGCGGUAGAAGAAGUAUCUCAAAAGGCACAUGAAGGCAUUGAUAUAUUGAUCAACAAUGCAGGCAAAGCUGGACCCAAGAAAACGGCCACUGACACUGAAAGAGAUGAGUUUAUCGAUGUGUUGGAUACCAAUGUCGUUUCCGUGGCGCGCAAUAUCAAAUUUUUCCUUCCUCUGCUUCAAAAACGGGGCAAAGACCAUCUCAAAAAGAUCCUGAACGUUUCCUCUAUCGCGGGUUCCAUGGAGCAUCGUGAGGAACAGGGAUCGGAUAGCAUGGUCGCCUACGCUACCUCCAAGGCGGCGCUCAAUAUGAUGAUCAAGGCCGUGGCCAACCAACUCAAAGAGGACAAUGUCGUUGUGUUUUUAGCGCAUCCAGGUUGGGUAGCAACCGACAUGGGAGGUGACAAGGCACCGGUUCAACCUCAAGACUCUAUUCGUGGCUUACUCAAGGUAUUAAACGACGUGACCACCAAGGAUAACGGUAAAUUCUAUGAUUACAAAGGCAAACAAGUAAAGUGGUAA